UUUUUUCAUUUUAGUCUGAGCCGAUCAGAAGACACCUUCCAUAAUGACUGACGUCGAUAUGGGUAACGGGGUUGACUCCAAGCCCGAGAGACUUCCUAUCACCGUCUCCAAGCCGACUCCCUACACCUUCGACCUGGGCCACCUGACGGUCAACGACCCGAACCCUCUGGAGAUCCCCCAAGGCGAGCCGCUCAACAGCUCCCUGAAGGCCACUGCCCGCGACGGCGCCCAGUGCCUGCUGAACCAACUCCUCACAACAUGCAACAUCACCUCGUCCGCGCAGAACGGCAUCUUGCUUAGCCUGCCCGCACCGAACACCGCACUGCCCCGUUUCAAGCCCCUCCCUACACCCAAGCCCCCGACCAAGUGGGAGCUGUUCGCACGCAAGAAGGGUGUUGGCAAGUUCAGCAGCAAGCCCGGUGCUGCGCUGGCCGACAAGGAGCGUCGCAAGAAGCUGGUCUACGACGAGGCCUCUGGCGAGUGGGUGCCCAAGUGGGGUUACAAGGGAAAGAACAAGGACGACGACAACCAGUGGCUUGUGGAGGUUGAUGAGAGUAAAUGGAAGAAGGAGGAGGAUGCCGCCGCGAAGGGAGGUUCGAUCCGUGGUAUGAGCCGUACUGAGCGCAAGGAUAGGAUCAAGCGCAAUGAGCGCAAGAUGCGGUCGAAUGAGAAGCGGGCGAACGUUGGAAAGAAGAACUAAUGUAUUCGAGGGACUGCUGUACAUUUUGAGAAAUGUCUUUGUUCUCGGCGUUGGGGUUUGGAGUCGAGGGUUUUGCCUUUAAACUCAUGACGGUCGACAUAUGACCAGAUUAAAA